AUGGAUUCACAAGAUUGUGUCCCAACAAAUUCAAAGCAAGAUUUCAGCCAUUACAUAAAGGGUAGGUCUGGUAUACGUUAUCUUUGUGGCUGUUGUGCAGCCUUCACCAAUAUAGCAGUCACCUUCCCUAUCCAGAAGGUCCUCUUUCGACAACAGUUGUAUGGCUUGAAAACAAAGGAUGCAGUACAUCAGCUGUAGAAAGAUGGAAUUCAAAAUCUCUGUCGUGGAAUCCUUCCUCCAUUAAUGCAAAAAACGACCACCCUGGCUCUAAUGUUUGGCUUGUAUGAAGAUUUCUCCUCCUUGCUCCACAGUCACACAAGUGCACCCAAACUCCUAACUUGUAGCAUGGCAGCAGUGCUUGCAGGGACCACAGAAGCCCUUCUUACACCUUUUGAAGGAGUCCAGACGCUUCAGGACUACAAACAUCAUGAGAAAUUUACAAACACUUACCAGGCUUUCAAGGUACUAAAAGUCUAUGGGAUUAAAGAAUAUUAUCAGGGUUUGGUGCCCAUUCUGCUCCAGAAUGGAAGCAGUAAUGUGCUCUUCUUUGGCCUACGAGGACCUAUCAAACAAUGUCUGCCUGAAGCAACUUCUUAUAGCACUCAUUUGGUCAAUGACUUUAUCUGUGGAGGGCUGUUGGGUGCCAUGCUGGGAUUCUCAUUUUUCCCAAUGAACGCUGUAAAAGCUCACAUGCAAUCUCAAAUUGGUGGUGAAUUUCAGUCUUUUUCAAAAGUUUUUCUGAUGAUCUGGCUAGAACGUGAUAGAAAAUUGAUGCAUCUUUUCAGAGGAGCCCAUCUGAAUUACCAUCGUUCUGUCCUGUCAUGGGGCAUAAUCAAUGCAACAUAUGAAUUCUUGCUAAAGCUAUUAUAA